UCUUCGAGAGAUAAUAAGGAUCAUCUGAAUUCUCGGUUCGAUGAUCUUGUUACCUCAAUUCAAUCUGGUCUAGAAAAUUAUGGCAAGAACAUAUCAAACGGCUUGUUAGCAUUAAUCAGUACCAACCAACAAAGAGAGGCUGAAGUGGAACAAAAGCACCGGAUCUCCGACAUCACGAAAAGUUUGGACAAUGUUCUUCAAAUGCUUAAUAGAACAGAAGUCGAAUCCCAGUGCCGAAUGACACAAGUGAACGACGUGGUGGACAAAUUUUGCGAUCUAUUGAAGCAAAAAGAGAAUAGCUUGUCUCAAAACGACAGUUCUUAUGCUUCUGAAAACAGUGCAGCUGUGGACAAUAACAAACUAGCGGUGGUUCAUCUGUGCAGCGAAAUAUCUAUGAAGGGCCAAAACAUUUCCAAGAAGGAUUUUACAGCAGCUUUGGACGAUUUACAAACUCUGAUUGGCUACUUCAUUUCAUCCUUACCUGAAGCCAACCGAAAAGCUCAUUGGAAUACUUUGCGACAAAUACAAGGUCUUCUUCUUGCUUCAGAGGAUCUCUUCGUUCAUGAGCUCAGCUCCUCCACGUCUAGACGAAAAAUAGAUGGAAUUCUUGCAUCUUUCGAUGAAAACGACGUGGUUAAGAACCCUGCCCAGUAUGAGUCACUUGGUAGCGUUUUUCUCCAGCAGCAUACUGCGCUCGGAUAUUAUACAUUACAAGUACGGAAGAGGCGCUUGGUAAAUUUUGACAGAGCACCUCGAGAAGGUUCCCCAAUAGAUGCUUCCGAUUUUAAAAUGUCUUUCACCCCCGGGAGGAUCACCAAAGAGCCUGUCUCAAGACUCAUACUAAGACCAACACAAGUAAAGUUGAAAAAUGGAACAUUCUCAGUACCACCACAGAUGUCUUUCCAGAUUAUGUUACCCAAUUCGGACGAAGUGUUUUUGAUUGCUCGGUAUGGCAAAGUUGAGGAUUUGCGGAAAUGGGUUGCCCGAAACUCAAGAUCGAUUCGAGUAUGUGACGAGAAUGGGAGUUCAUUGUUGCAAGUACUCUCCUUUAUGCUCCUUCUAUAUACUCCAUUGAGAGGCUUCUCUGACAGACUGCCAUCAAGGUCGCCUUUGAGCACUUAAAUUAUAAUAUUGUGAAAUUUCUUGUCAACCAGGGCGCCGAUGUCGAUGCCGCAUGUUCCGAUCUUCGGUAGGGGAUCGAAGUGUUGCUGAUAGUAUUUGCUAAUAGUUUAGUUAGCCCAUUGCUUCACA